AUGCAACUUAUUAGAUGCAGACUAACCUUAAAUAAAACAAGAGUUAAAACACAAAAACGCGCUGAAGAGAUCAACACAGGACAGAUGGAGGAAGAUGGUACAAGCAUUUGGCCUCGCAUGGAGCCUUUUAUGCUGGGGGCUUUGCCGGUGGCCCCUUCUUCCAAGCUUAGUCUUCACUAUCUUCGAAAGAUGGCAACAUAUUGUUCCUCUACAAGUGAACUUGACCAACAAAAGAACAAGUUGUCCGUGGACACACUGCAGUUCAUCCUAUUUCUUUUUGUCCAACAACUAAACCGUGUAUCUUUGCGUUCUUCUUCAAUUGUUGAAGAGUGGCCCAGUCAUCGAACUCGCUCCCCAUCUCCAUCAACAUCAGAUCGUGAGGGCAAGACCAGCUGUCAGAACAAAAAUUGGGACGACCAGGCACACCUCUCAUUUAUAAAUGGUCAUCUUGGUGAGAUUCUGGAGCUGCUAGUUGAACCUGGUCAACUGUCACGUACUGGGCAGGCUCUGCGAGAUUGUCAGAUAUCUCUGGAGGAAGUGCAGAGUUUAAGUCUGCUCUUGGAAGGUUCUAGUCAAGGCACAAGUGUUCAGCCUGUUUAUCGACUAUUGACAAAGUGCCCUCUUCAGAAUGAAGCAGGUUACUGCACAAAAAGCCAAUCUUUCCCUCUCCAUAAACUCCUCUUGUGUCUCCAACAAAAUCUCUCCCUCAACCCUUUUGGUAUCACGGCGUGUCUGCAGUCAGGAAAAAAGCUAGCAUGGGCCCAACAAGUUGAGGGAGCUAUGAAGAGAGCCAAAGUGGCCCGAAAUACUCACACAGCUCCUCUGGGUAGUAAGAUAGUGCUGAUGUCUCAGGUGUUAAAGCAAACACUUGCUAAAACCUCAGAGAAGCUAGCAGGUACCAACUUAAAGAUACAUAGAUGUGCUGACUCCUUCAUUUAUCUACUGUCACCUCUAAGAUCUGUGACGGUGGACAAGUGCCCAGAGUUUCACACUCUGGUUGUGCCUUUUGAAAUGGAGGGGGACACAAGUGAGAUUCCAGGAGGACUGCCACCUUUGUACCAGGAGGCAGUAGAGGAGAAGAGGAGGAGAAUAAAAAAAUGGCAAAAAACUGUCACAGAGACCCGAUUAAACAAGGCGCAGACGAGGCAGUUCCAAUCACUGGUGGAAAUGAAGUUUCAUGAGUGGCUCCUUGAAACUGGAAACAGACUAGAACUGGACAGUCUGCUACCACCAUGUUCAACGCAGAAGACUCCAAACUGUCAAGACCCCAAUUCUCUCAAGGCUAAUGGAAACCGCAUUAUUUCAAAUGGACAAUCAAAGGGACAGUCUACUGCGGCCUAUUAA